CAGAUGAAUGAAUUAUGAACGAAAACUGGAGGCAGGUUUACAAGUCAAUAUCUCAAUAUCUGAGGCUUUCGCCCAGGUCAAUUUCGGUUCUUGUUCCGUUCGACAUCAUAUGUCUGGAGACUAUACUUUGAAGGAACACGCCUCUCGUGGCAAAGUUACGAACCCUGUGACAGCCAAGCACGUGAGAUUACUUUCAGGUCAGAAAUGGCACACCAACAGGAAGAUAAUCACGCCGACUUUCCACUUCAAGAUCUUGGACAGGAUUCUGCAGAAGGAAGUCAGAUCUCAGUACUUCGACGUGUAUCCUUACAUCACCCUCUGUGCUCUGGACAUUAUCUGUGAAACUACAAUGGGGAUCCCAGUUUAUGCACAAGAAGACUUAGAGUCGCCUUACAUCUCUGCAGUAUACGAGUGAGUGGGCAUUAUCAUCAUCAUCAUCCAGACUGUAUGUGGUAAAAACGGAGAGCAAUUUUUCAGGUUCCUAUGGCAAUGAGUAUGAAAAAGGCUGUCUUAUGGGUUAAAGGCAGGAGGAAGCUGUGAAAUUUCAGUCAGUUUCUAACAGAUUACAUGGUAUAACAUUCCAGUGGCAAUUUCUACAGUAAUAUUACAAGCUGUGUCUGCUGAUACGACCUUAGCACUCAUAACAUUCGAAAAUACAAAUGUGGUAAAGCUUAA